ACCGGAUAUUGAACCCUAGUACCAAUCCCGGGGAACUUCUAUUUCCUGGGUAAUAUUCUCGUAUCGAUGUUCUGGAUGAUUGCGCAAGUUCAAAGUUCGGUUGCCACGCUGUGACAUUUUGCAAGUUUUUCUAGACUUUUUCAUACUUUUUUUAUAAUUUAGAAGCUUCCCUUUUUACGUGGGCAAAAAUGUCGAACUCAACGUUUGCAGGUAAGGUCAAAAACGUAUGGAAUAUAGCAUAUAUAUGUAUAUUAGGCAAUGUAGCCAAUUAGAUGUAAUAACUGAUUUAAUUGACAAACUGUAUUUGUCAAAUACUGCACCGGCGAAUUACUUAUUUUGGCUAUUUUGCUGGCAAAAAGCUGCAGAUAUUAAAAAUUGUUGUUUAAUUUAAAAUCAAAUCUCGUAUCUAUUAGAUUCUUACUGAGUUAAGUGAGUUUGACCAAUAGUCCAAAUAGUCAAUAAGUCAAAUAUCUAAUAUAAAUUAGCCCCAGGGGUGAAGUUUGUGUCAGUGAUAAGUUAGUAUUCAAUGAUAAACUGCUGUAGCUAAUAGUCUGAAAAUUAUUAAAAAUACAUUAACAUUUAAAUUUAAUGUGUUUUUAAUUAACAUUUGCAACCGCUACAUUUGCAGACGUUUUACCCUAGUACCUAUGACGGCCCUUCUGAAAUUGUGAAUAUAUAAUGAUCAGGCGAAAUAAAAAUAUAUUACACAUGAGCAUUUUUGAUUUCAGAGAGGUUUCUUGGUUUCUUGGAAAGAAUUGUGAAUCUUCAGGCAUUUCCAUUUGCUGUCGCAUACAUGAUCAUGGUUCUCUUAUCGCCGAUGUGGAGAAGACUUGUUCGACCUUUUCAAUUGAAUAUGGUAUGCUUAGAGGCUAGAAAUUGUAUGUAUCAAUGAAACUCUAUCAGUUUUAACCCUUUAAGUGGCAAUGUGCCCUGAUGCCCCUACUAUAUGUUACUCUGUCUAACACCAGACGAUUUUACUUGUCAAGGGGAGAGUGCUGCCACUCAAUAGAUAAGGCUGUCACCCCCUGAAAACAUUUAAAAUGAGUGGCCAGGCUUAGGCAUUCAGGGGGGAGUGCCUCUCAGAAGCACCUGGUUAGGACUAUAUGGUGACAGCAUUGUGAUUGCAAAUCAUGGCGUGACAGUGGUUACAGUCGGAGCUCUGUAUCUAAGCUAGGCCGAAAAGAACCCUGUUGUUCAGGGUCAGUAGGUCGGAAAUAAUUUUUUUUUUUUAAUACUUUUUUCAUGGUUUUGGCGUUUUUUUUUGCUGGGGGAUUUUAAGUGGAGUCCCAACAUCAAUAUUAACUAGAGAUAAGUAUUUCCUAUGGACAAAUUUAUGCAAUUUGGUUCAAUAAUUAUUGUGACAACAGACACCAUUUUGGCACGCUGUAUGAGCAGCCCGCAACCACCCGGAGAAAAUAGGGUCGCACCGUCAAUUGCGUUGAAAAAAUAAUAGGGUCGGCAUAAAAAAAUAGGGUCGGUCGGGAACCGGAACCAUCUAUUUUUUUAGGCCCUACUCUGUGACUGCAUACUGAACCCCUUCCACAGAGAGAUGAAGGACAUAUGCAUACUGUACUAAAAGAGCUGUUAAAAGAAUAUCGAGGGCAGGGGCAAUGUCGCCUGACCCAGAUUUUGGGUACAAAAGAGCAGAAGAUCUAUAUAAGUAUUUAAACUAUACAAAUAUUGAAAAUAUACAAAGCCUCUGAAAAUUUUCAUUCUUGUUAUAGGUGAUGGUCGUUUACAACUUUUUCUGCAGCUUGUUAAGCCUAUACACAGUUGUUUGUUUUGUUAUAGCAUUUGUCAGCUCUAUGGAUUUAUUUGAUAUGACCAAUCACGAGAACCUUAAACAUCCGUUAUUUGUUUAUUGGUUGACAAAAUGGAUUGAGUUGUUUGAUACAGUCUUGAUGAUAUUACGACACAAGGAGAGACAGAUUUCAUUCUUGCAUGUAAGGUUCUUGUUUGCUUUCAUUACUUAGGCUACCUGUGGUAGCAUACAUGUGGGUCCAGUGUAGGUAGUAUUCUGCAAUAAGCUGUCGUGGUUUGUGUCUGAACUACCUGAAAAAGAUAUCUCAAACGUGGUGGUCCAGUGUAGGUAGUAUUCUACAAUAAGCUGUCGUGGUUUGUGUCUGAACUACCUGAAAAAGAUAUCUCAAACUUGGUGGUCCAGUGUAGGUAGUAUUCUACAAUAAGCUGUCGUGGUUUGCAUCUGAAUUACCUGAAAAAGAUAUCUCAAACGUGGUGGUCCAGUGUAGGUAGUAUUCUGCAAUAAGCUGUCGUGGUUUGUGUCUGAGCUACCUGAAAAAGAUAUCUCAAAUGCGGUGGUCCAGUGUAGGUAGUAUUCUACAAAUUACAAUAAGCUGUCAUGGUUUUUGUCUGAACUAUCUGAAAAAGAUACAGUAGCUCAAUCGUGGUGGUCCAGUGUAGGUAAUAUUCUACAAUAAGCUACUAACCGUGGUUUGUGUGUGAACUACCUGAAAAAGAUAUCUCAAACGUCCAGUGUAGGUAGUAUUCUACAAUAAGCUGUCGUGGUUUGUGUCUGAACUACCUGAAAAAGAUAUCUCAAACGUGGUGGUCCAGUGUAGGUAGUAUUCUACAAUAAGCUGCCGUGGUUCAGUUGUGUCGGAACUAACUGGAAAAAGCUCUCAAAUGUGGUGGUUCAGUGUAGGUAGAAUUAUAAAUGAAACUAUUCAAAUUUUCAUUUCAAUAUUCUACAGGUCUACCAUCAUUGCUCUGUGUUACUGCUAAGUGAUCUAGCUUACCAUAGCUACCAAUGGCCUCCAGUUGGAUUUGUGCUAUGUAUGAAUUCAUUUGUUCAUGUAUUUCUGUAUCUAUACUACGGUCAAUCAGCAUUAUUUCCUGGUCAACGUCCCGUGUGGAAAAAACGUCUGACGCAACUACAAAUCCUACAGUUCCUGGUUGGUUUAGCUCAUGUCACGUAUGGUUAUGCAUAUCGCGGCUUUUGUUUAUAUGGGCCUCUGUAUUGCCUAAGCAUGUUACUUCUGUUCUCAAAUUUUUAUUAUUAUGCUUUCGUUCGGCAAAAGUCUGGAAGUAACACCAACAACAACAACAAAAAGAAAACAACUUAGUUUAAUACUACUAGCUAGCUGGUUAAUCGAAUUACGAAUGACAAAUAAUCUAGUUUCCAACUGAUUUUUCAUUAUAUUUAAUUAUCAAACAUGUUGAAUAUGUUGUCGUUUACUUGUGGUUAUAUUUUUACUGCACAUGCAUUUUUACAUAUUGUACAGUUUUUUCGACAAAAAAACUGUUCAAUGAAAGCAACUUAGUCAGUUAGUUUUUUAAUAUAAUAACUAGGCUAGUCGCU